GGCGCAGCAGCUCACCUGCGGGGCAGGGCGCGGAGGAGGGAUCCGGGUUGCGCGUUCUCGGGCCAAGGAGCCCGGACGCGCCCGGAGCCCCGCACGCCGCCAAGCUCAGGGCUUCCCCCUCGCCUGGGCCGGGCGAAGCCGAGGGGUGCAGCUCUUUGCUUUGACAGAGCGGCCCGGCGGAGGCGUGGAGAGCGGCAAGCAAGAGAGCCAGGCUGAGAAACUCGAGCCGGGAACAAAGAGGAGUCGGGCUGUGUGUGUGUGUGUGUGUGUGUGUGAGUGUGUCGGCUCCAGCUCCCAGCAGAAGCAUUUGGGUCCGAGGCCCCUGCUGUGACUCCCCGAGACCCCGCCGUGCCCUCCACUGCCGACUCUCAGCGCUCGCCGGCACAAACUUUAUUCUUGGCAAACUUCUCUUUCUCUUCUGCUCCUCCGCCCCCACCUUCUCCUCCUCCUCCUCCUCCAGCAGAUUAAAUGCGCCUGGAGAGGGAAAACCGAAGCGAAAGGGAAGGAAAUAAGAAGCUCUAAAACGGACAUCUCCAACCCGGGUGGCUCUUUAUUUUGUUUUACCCUCCAGGAAGUGGACAUUUCGUUAUCUUCUGAUUCUCCUUGCACCUUCUCCGCUGGGGCAAACGGAGCCUUUUUGCCCAGCUCCCUUCUUUUCUCGGAAAACAGACUCCCAAAGGCGAAGCUAGGGUGGCGCGGUUUGCCUAGAGACGCGCCGACGGACCCUCCUCGCUCGGCAUUUUGGAGUCGCGCCUCCUCCAGAACCGGCGUCCUCCGCGCGCGGACCGGGAGACGCUGGGGGCGUGGGGUGGCCGCCGGGCAGCCUAGCCUAGCGCGCGCCCCCCGCGCCGCGCCGCGCCGACGCCCCCGGAGGCGGCGGCCCUCGCAGCCCCGUGCCCUUCGGCCUCGGGGGCGGGCGCCGGCGUCGGGCUCGGCGGAGCGGGGAGGCGCGGGCCGCCGCAGCUGCUCCGGCCGCCGGCCCCGCUUCCGCCCGCGCUCCUCCCUCGCGCAUCCUUGCAAUUCUCCUUUUCCUCCCCCCCUUUCGCUGACCCCCUCUCUUUCCUGCUGUCGCCUCUGGUGCUCCCCCAGCGGAGCGGAGAUUACAGAGUGGUCGCGAUGCCCCAACUCUCCGGGGCCGGCGGCGGCGGGGGGGACCCGGAACUCUGCGCCACGGACGAGAUGAUCCCCUUCAAGGACGAGGGCGAUCCCCAGAAGGAGAAGAUCUUCGCCGAGAUCAGUCACCCCGAAGAGGAAGGCGACUUAGCCGACAUCAAGUCCUCCUUGGUUAACGAGUCCGAAAUCAUCCCGGCCAGCAACGGACACGAGGUGGCCAGACAAGCACAAACCUCUCAGGAGCCCUACCAUGACAAGGCCAGAGAACACCCCGAUGACGGGAAGCAUCCAGACGGAGGCCUCUACAGCAAGGGACCCUCCUACUCGAGUUACUCCGGGUACAUAAUGAUGCCAAACAUGAAUAGUGACCCGUACAUGUCGAAUGGAUCCCUGUCUCCGCCCAUCCCGAGAACAUCAAAUAAAGUGCCCGUGGUGCAGCCAUCCCAUGCGGUCCAUCCUCUCACCCCUCUCAUCACGUACAGCGACGAGCACUUUUCUCCAGGAUCACACCCGUCACACAUCCCAUCAGAUGUCAACUCCAAGCAAGGCAUGUCCAGACAUCCUCCGGCUCCUGAGAUCCCCGCCUUCUACCCCCUGUCUCCGGGGGGUGUCGGGCAGAUCACCCCACCUCUUGGCUGGCAAGGUCAGCCUGUAUACCCCCUCACGGGAGGACUCAGGCAGCCCUACCCAUCCUCACUCUCCGUCGACACCCCCAUGUCCAGGUUUUCCCACCAUAUGAUUCCUGGUCCACCUGGUCCCCACACAACUGGCAUCCCUCAUCCAGCCAUCGUAACACCUCAGGUCAAGCAGGAGCACCCCCACGCUGACAGCGACCUAAUGCACGUGAAGCCUCAGCAUGAACAGAGAAAGGAGCAGGAGCCAAAAAGACCUCACAUUAAGAAGCCUCUGAAUGCUUUUAUGUUAUACAUGAAAGAAAUGAGAGCCAAUGUCGUCGCUGAGUGUACUCUGAAAGAAAGUGCAGCUAUCAACCAGAUUCUAGGCCGAAGGUGGCACGCCCUCUCCCGUGAAGAGCAGGCUAAAUAUUAUGAAUUAGCGCGGAAGGAGAGACAGCUACAUAUGCAGCUUUAUCCAGGCUGGUCUGCAAGAGACAAUUAUGGUAAGAAGAAGAAGAGGAAGAGAGAGAAGCUGCAGGAGUCCACGUCAGGUACAGGUCCCAGAAUGACAGCUGCCUACAUCUGAAACAUGGUGGAAAACGAAGCUCAUUCCCGACGUGCAAAGCCAAGGCAGCGACCCCGGGGCCUCUGCUGGAGAUGGAAGCUUGUUGAAAACCCAGACUGUGUCCAGGGCUUGCCCAGUCGACCCCAAAGGAGAAUUGACACCAACUUCACCCUGAGGUCACUGCUAGAGACGCUGAUCCACAAAGACAAUCACUGCCAACCCCCCUUCAUCUACUGCAAGAGCCAAGUUCCAAAAUAAAGCGUAAAGGAUUUUUUAGAAGAAAAGUAAAAAGCACAUGAGAAUGCUGGCAGGCCCUGGGUCAGCUGAGCAGCUUUCCCCCUCAGCUCCGCUGUGCACUUCCCAGAGCAUCUCGCGUCCGUACCUGAACCCUUGGGCGAGGACAGUAACUCUGCGUUCGCCUGCCUCGAGCAACUGGAGCGGGCAGCCCGCACACCCACCUGCGACCCCGCGGGGGAUUUGGUGCAGGAGUUCCCUCUUCGUUUGCCUCUUCGUUUCUCUUUGGCCUCCUUUCUCAAGCUUUUCUUUAACAGUGCAAAAGGAUCAAUCUUGUUUGCUUCUUUUUUUUAAACUUGAAUUUUUUUAAUUUACACUUUUUAGUUUUAACUUUGUUGUAUAUUUUGCUAGCUAUGAGCUUUGAAGUAAAAUUCAAAAAUCUGGAAAAGUUUGAAAUAAAAACGAAAUGAAAAGAAGUCUUUUUUUGAGCGACAUCUUAUCCGAUGAGUGGCUUCUCUGUGAUCACCUGUCACGAUUCGUGGCCUCCCUCUUGGUCGAGUGUUCGGCAGAGCCACGUAAAUGCAACAGCCACGUCCACUCUGCUGGGAGCAGACGGAGUCCUGUUUCGUUUUAUUUUCUGCCGGUCUCUUCUUUUUUUAAACAGUAACCCUUCCCAGAUAGUGUCAGCCGACCCGUUUGCAGUGAAUUUUCAUUUCCUUCCUUCUUGCCCCUUGUUGUAAAAAGCCCAGCACUUGAAUUGUUCUUACUUUAAAUGUUCUGUAUUUGUAUCUGUUUUUAUUAACCGAUUAGUGGGAUUUUAUGCCAGUUGUUAAAAUGAGCAAUGAUGUACCCAUUUUUUUUUAAAUAGCAAGGCACAGCCUUCGCCCCAAACUGUCAUCUAACGUUUGUCAUUCCAGUUUGAGUUAAUGUGCUGAGCAUUUUUUAAAAGAAGCUUUGUAAUAAAACAUUAAGA